UGUUCACUCCCUUCCAAGUGGAGCCUAGACCUUGGGGUUCAUCACUUCAACCACUGCUGUGCUGAUGCCCACUAUGCUUUUCCCACUUGUCCUGUCCAUCCACACGGCAAACACAGAGGCUGUCCCCACAAGAGGGGGGUCCUUGCCCGAGAGGAAGUUUGGCGUGGUGGUGGUUGGUGUUGGCAGAGCCGGCUCCGUGCGGAUGAGGGACUUGCGGAAUCCACACCCUUCCUCAGCGUUCCUGAACCUGAUUGGCUUUGUGUCCAGAAGGGAGCUUGGGAGCAUUGAUGGAGUCCAGCAGAUUUCUUUGGAGGAUGCUCUUUCCAGCCAAGAGGUGGAGGUUGCCUAUAUCUGCAGUGAGAGCUCCAGCCAUGAGGACUACAUCAGGCAGUUCCUUAAUGCUGGCAAGCACGUCCUUGUGGAAUACCCCAUGACACUGUCGUUGGCGGCCGCUCAGGAACUGUGGGAGCUGGCUGAGCAGAAAGGAAAAGUCCUGCAUGAGGAGCAUGUUGAACUCUUGAUGGAGGAAUUUGCAUUCCUGAAAAAAGAAGUGGUGGGGAAAGACCUGCUGAAAGGAUCACUCCUCUUCACAGCUGGCCCGUUGGAAGAAGAGCGGUUUGGCUUCCCUGCAUUCAGUGGUAUCUCUCGCCUGACCUGGCUGGUCUCCCUCUUUGGGGAGCUUUCUCUUGUGUCUGCCACUUUGGAAGAGCGAAAGGAAGAUCAGUAUAUGAAAAUGACAGUGUGUCUGGAGACAGAGAAGAAAAGUCCACUGUCAUGGAUUGAAGAAAAAGGGCCUGGUUUAAAACGAAACAGAUACUUAAGCUUCCAUUUCAAGUCUGGGUCCCUGGAGAAUGUGCCAAAUGUAGGAGUGAAUAAGAACAUAUUUCUGAAAGAUCAAAAUAUAUUUGUCCAGAAACUCUUGGGCCAGUUCUCUGAGAAGGAACUGGCUGCUGAAAAGAAACGCAUCCUGCACUGCCUGGGGCUUGCAGAAGAAAUCCAGAAACAUUGCUGUUCAAGGAAGUAAGAAGAGGAGGUGAUGCAGCACUUCCAAGAUGGCACCAGAGUUUGGUUCUUCUCAAGAGUUGACCAUUAUCUCUAUUCUUACAAUUAAACAUGUUGGGGAAACAAGAAUCUUAUUGUUAUGAACUGUGUUGGGAUAUUUGGGGUUAGGGGCUAUGCAGUGGGGACAAGGCGAGAAUGAACUCGUUGAUUGAGUUGAACUAAAUGCUUUGUAAGUCUGAUUUCACUUACUCCUCCUAUGAGAUGGAUACUAGCAGACUUUUUUUUUUUUGAGACCUAGUCUCACUCUGUCACCCAGGCUGAGUAUAGUGGCACCAUCUCGGUUCACUGCAGCUUCCACCUCCUGGGUUCAAGCGGUUCUCCUGCCUCAGCCUCCCAAGGAGCUGAGGAUUACAGGCAUAUGCCACCAUGCCUGCCUAAUGUUUGUAUUUUUAGUAGAGACGAGGUUUUGCCACAUUGGCCAGGCGGGUCUCGCUCGAACUCCCAACCUCAGGUAAUCCACCUGCCUCAGCCCCUCCCAAAGUGCUGGGAUUACAGGCAUGAGCCACCAUGCCUGGCACCAGGUCUCUUUUCACUGUAUACUAGAAAAUGUUGUUUGAACAGAACCCUCUGAGAUGAUGGAGCCACUGCCCUUCUACUCUUGUGUUCUCAGCUGCCUUCUCUACCCUGGGGGUUGCUGCUGCUGCUGGAGCCCACACAGGCCAUGUGCCACUGUGGCAUUUUGUAAGCACUCCUGCCUCUGAAAGUGGCACCCCAUGCCCCAGUCACAGUUCUUUCAGAGUGUCACAGAAGGAAAUAAUCCAAAUGUAUUCCUCAGCAAUCUGUCCCUCUGUCCAAUUUGAAGGAAAAAAAAAAGCCCUUAAUCCCACUGUACUAAUGCUCCUAAGUGUUGGGGGAUCCUCCAGGAGGGCCUUGUGUCUCCAGGCAAGAGUCAACACAGCGGUGCCCUUUGCCCUUCAGCCCCUCUCCCUGUGGCAGCAGUGACACAGUGCCUGUCUGGUGAAGCUGGAAGAGGGACUAAGCAGAUGACACCCAGCCACCCUCUCCCUCUGAACCGAUAUCCUUAGGAUGCACCCGAGCUUGUCCACGUGGCAGAUGACUGAGGCAGACUCCUCCUCUGCAAGUAGAUGACCUGCAGCUGUGAUGAAGAAUUGAGUUACCCUAAGACAGGGCAGUUACCCUAAGAGACAGCCUAAGAGUUACCCUAAGACAGAGCCUAAGAGUUAACCUAAGACAGAGUUACCCUGCAGGGAGCCAAAGGCCCGUGGGACGUGACCAACUCAACAUUCCGCUGGAGGCUAUAUGAUCAAACAGCAAACUAUUUAUCAUGAAUGCAGGAUGUGGGCAAACUCACACUGCCUUGCCACCAAAAGGUUUGCUGAGGGACAUCACUCCCUGGCGCCAGGCUCCUGGAAGUUAUCUAUUGAGAAAUCUAGUGCCUAUUAUUCAAAGGAUGCAGUCCUGCAAGCCUGCUGUGAACCAAAUGACCGACAAUUACCCGACAACCAUCCUCCCACUUUAUCUCUUUCGCCUAAUAAAUACAGAGGGCUGUGUAAAGCUCAGGGCCCUUGUCCACUACA